AUCACUGUUGUUGCUGUUGUUGAUGUUUGUGUCUUAUGUCAUAAAACAUUUAUAGUCAUCGGGAAAGUAAAUUGUAAUUUUAAAGUUUUAACUUACAUUGAAGAGAUGAUGGAUAGCUCUACGAGUUCCUCGACCAAAUUCCGAGUCGCAGACAACAAUGCAGAGAGCUAUACAGAUUUUCUCGAUGUAACAUCAACAAAAACAUCGAUUUGUACGCAUACAGAAACGUACAAGCAAAACCAUUGUAUUGAAGUGCUCAUGGAGUCUCAGUGCUCUACGAUGGUACGACCUAGCAAUAACGGAUUUGUCCGAACCGUAAUCGAUUGCUAUAACAACCACCACAAUCUGAUCAUUCGUCCUGAUGACAUUUGGACGGCUAUAUUGACUCAAUUCUCGUUUUAUAUCAAUAAGAAUGCUGAAGAGUUCCGCAAUCAAUUUGUCAAUUUUGAAGGGAAGAAAGAACUUGUCGUUGCAAUCGAUGGAACACUUCGUGCAGCACCCUAUGACCUGUUCGUGACGAAAAUGACGGAGAAAAUCGACGAGAAUCUCGUGGAUAAAACGGUGAAAAAUUGGAUUUUGCCCAAUUUUUCAACAACUACCACCGCGGACAUGAUUUCGUGUGGAAUUGCCUUCAUGGCAACGACGAAAAAGUACUUUGAUUAUACUUGUCUCCUUUUGUGUGGCAUUCCAUACGUUACUUUAGAAGGAACACUAUCCGACUGGGAAAGCAUCCUAAGUCGACUGGAGAAGUUGAAGGAGUACAAGUUGGACAAAUGGUACGAAAUGCUGAAGACAAUACUUGAAGAGUUUAUCGCCGCCAAGAACGAUGAACCAAACAUCGAAUUUUGGAAUCGUAUUUGCAAUCACGUUGGAGGUGGUUCCGGCCCCAGCUACAUUAGUGGAUGGUUGACUGCAUUCGCUGCCUUCGAUGUGGAAGGUAAUUGGACGGAUCACAGUAAUAACGUGAUGGCACGUCGUAUGCAUGGAGAUCGAAUUUCGGGGCCAUGGCCAUUAAUUGACAUUGAUAAGAUUCCGUUUGGUAUUGUCGCUGUCGACGUUAAAAUCGUCGAGGAAACCGAAGAAUAUGAAAGUAUAAUGCUGGCUGGUCAUACUGGCUAUGAAGUGCUGGAAGAUGGUUGCACAUUGAAACCGCAUAUCGGUUGGUGCAUUUGUCUCAAAUUGACUGCUGAUGAAGUACAAAAAUUGCAUGAAACCACUCGUGGAAAGGAUCAGUGGAGCUGUGAGCAGUGCGGUUUGUAUUUAAUGGAGUAAGAUGCUGUUAUGUCUAAGCUAAAUUUUUCUACUCAUCGCACCUCGAAAUACGAGAUAUUAUACUUCAUUGACAUGAGCGAUGAGGGUCAUUUCCCAGGGGCUUAGUGAGCAAAAUGACUAACGUUUGGAAAAGUAUCGAAUACUAAAGGAAUGUUUUUAUGAUUGAGAGAUUUCAAAUCGAACAAUCGAAUUCGCUAAAAAAGCUUUUUUUGCAUAAGUUAGGAACAACCAACGCACUGCAAGCAUAAGUGAUUGCAAUGACAUCUGCCAAAUAGAGCACUAAUUUGUAUGAACAUUUUUUUCCAGUGCCAAAACUUGUAUGAUACACUGCCCAGUUUCAGUACUCUAUUGAAUUUGUCCCUCAUGCUUGAAGUGCCUUGGAACCACGUUCUCUAACGUGUUCCGGAAAUGAACGACUUUGUUGAGGUAUUUCCUCUGUAUAGAGAGAAAUUAUAUUUAAUGUUGUUUAAAUAAUAGAGAGUUACUUAAAAGGUCUGGUGCUAAUGCACCACUUGUGAUUAUUGUACCAUUAAUUGUGAAAUAGAAAACAAAGAAAAAUUA